AGGGGCUGUCCAGGUGUGUUGGUGUGUGUGGGCUGUGGUGGGCGGCGUGCAGGUGUGCAGGUGUGCCGUGCCAGGUGGCAGGUGCUGGGGGCCCCGGGGGGCGUGGAGGGGCGCCCCGGGCCUGCAGGUGUCUCAUUGACUGGUGACGGGGAUGCGAUUGACCUCCGGCCGCGCAGUCACCGUUGCUUCACGAGGCCAGCCUCUCUGCCACGGCGGCGGCUGGCACACAGGGGAGCCGUGUGGCUGCCGCAGGGGGCGUUGUCGGCUGGGGUCGUGCCUGGGGAGUGCUUAGUGCCUGGCGGAGGUCAUGUUGUCAUCGUUGGUGAGGGAAAUGCUAUUGAUCAGAAGAAAGGAAGUUAUCGGGUAAGACAGGUGAGAUCAAUAGGGCCGCGCCAUGUGCUCGCCCCACGUGGGUUUGUAUACGUCCCGGCCCGCAGGAGACGUGGCCGGCGGCCCCGGUGCUCCUCGGGGCCCCGCGGGGAGUGUGGCUGCCCGGGGCGUCCCUUGCCGCUGCGCCGCUCCCUGCCAUCCAAACACGCCGUAGGUCCAACAAUGGCAGCCCCCAACGCCACUGGAAUAGUGCCUCUCAUUCCAGGCCUGGAACGGCCGGGCGGCGCGAUGCCGGCUGCAGCUUUUCGUCUCGCGCCCUCUCGGUAGAGUGUUCCGUGGUGUGUGUGGUUCGGGCGCGACACACACCACACAAAGGCGGCGGCUGCUUCAGGUCUUUGCCGUCCCUGGCCUGGAUAAGGUAGCAAAAGCAACAUUUUGUCCAUGUAAACAAAGAGUGCCUAGCUUCACACCCCCGGCCGAGCUGCGUACUGGGGUGCGCGAAGUGUAACCAUACAAACAUGGACGUCUGUGGAAGGGCAAGUCUCGUGAUUUUGUGAAAAUUUAGUGACUUCUCGCUUGGCCAGGGCUCCCAGGGUGCGACCAGGAUCGAGAUUAAGGUAUUGUUGUCGGUCUGGUGUAGCCACCACGGUGUUGGAGGACGUGGCCAGGCCGCUAUAGAGGUGAGAUGAGCGAGCCCGAGGCAGGCGAGGGGGCCGGGGCCGGGGGGGAGCGCGGCGAGAGUCCGGGGCUGGGCGGGUGCGGGGCUGCGGGUCCUCCAGCUGCUGACUCGCCCGCCACCGCCACGGCUGUCGCUGCCUCGCCACUCUGCUCGUCACCGCCGUCCCCUCCAGCCCCAGAGCCCGACGACCCCUCGCCGACCCCCGCGCGCGCCUCAGUCGCGCGACACGUGCCCCCGCGCCCGGACCACCUCGCCCCCGCGCACCACCCGCCGCUCUCCCUCGCCACGCACCACAACAGCCCCGAUCCCGACGAUCCCGACGACGACCCCGACCUGCAGCCGCGCAUUCUGCACACACAGACGGUCGCCCUCCACCACCCGGAGGACGACUCGGAACUUUCGCCCUCGGCUCACGUGAACUACAAGGACGAGCCCCUCAGUGUUAGUGUGGUGCACGAGGACUCUCAGUUGGACUCCCAUGACUCAGGCCUGCUGAGUCCCAGUGAACUCUCUCCCCGCGAAGGUCAGGUUAGUGUCCCCAGCAUGAUCGACGCGUCGGACUUCCGUUCCCUCCAGCCGGAGCCCAUCUACCAGAACCUGUCGUCGAUGAACGGCCGCAUGUCGCCGCCGGGCUUCUCGCCGUCGUCGGCCAGCAGCUAUGCCACACUCACGCCGCUGCAGCCGCUGCCGCCCAUCAGCACCGUGUCGGACAAGUUCGCGUACGGGCACGCGGGGAACGUGUCGGGCAGCUUCACGGUGAUGCAGAACAACGGCCUGGGCAACAUGCUGUCCAUGGGCUCGCCUUACCAGUACGACAAACUCUCCAUGUCGCCGCCGCACUACACCACCAACAACGGCCUGGGCCUCAACCUGGGCCACCAGCACUCGCCCCUGUCCCCACACUCCUACCAGAACGGCCUGGCGUCCCCGCAGAAGUCCCUCAGCCCCAACGGCUACGACUCCCCCUACACGAGGCAGGACAUGAGCCGCACCACGCUGGCGGCGCCGCAGUCCCCAACACUGUCGCCGCCCGUGUCCCUUCACUCGCCGCCGCAGGCUUUUUCUAACUUCAGCGCGGCGCCCACGCCGACCCUCACCACCACGUCCCUCAACAUGAACGGCCUGUCCGGCGGCAGCGGCCUGGGCUCCCUCUCCCCACAGGCGGUGUCGCCACACAGCCCCAACUACAGCCCCCACCACCACCUGCAGGUGCCGCCGUCGCCGCCGCCCAUCAAGCAGGAGCCCACCCUGCACAGCGCCAGCCUGGGCUGCCAGCUGGCCAACAUGACGCCCACCAUGCCCACCACCAUCUCCCAGAGUCCCCCACACGCCCACAUGGCCGUCACCAUGGCGCAGCAGGCCAUGGUGCCCACGGCUCCCAUGUCCGUGGCCACGGCAUCGGUGGGCGGGCCGCAGGUGCCUAUGAAGACCCCCCAGAUGGCCACGACGAGCGCGGGCAGCGUGGGCGCGGGUGCGGGCGAGGUGGAAGAAAUCAACACGAAAGAGCUGGCGCAGCGCAUAUCCGCCGAACUCAAGCGUUACUCGAUCCCGCAGGCCAUCUUCGCCCAGCGUGUCCUGUGUCGGUCCCAGGGCACGCUGUCAGACCUGCUCAGGAACCCCAAGCCCUGGUCCAAGCUCAAGUCGGGCCGCGAGACCUUCAGACGCAUGUGGAAGUGGCUGCAGGAGCCUGAGUUCCAGCGGAUGUCAGCCCUCAGAUUAGCAGCCUCGAUGGUCACAGGUACGUCAUCGGUGCCGCAGGAGGCGCCGCCCCCACCAGCUUCUCAGUGCCGCCAGAAUUACGGUGGGUACGGAUAUGCUGAUCCAUCGAGACCAACCGGGGGAGAUCCAUCAUACUACCAAGCCGGCUUUCAAGUAAAAGCUUCAAGUUCAUCCUGCAAAAGGAAAGAGGAACAGCAAAGCCACCCCGAGCAGCAGCCUGCGCCCAAGAAGCCACGUCUGGUUUUCACGGAUUUACAACGUCGUACACUGCAAGCUAUUUUUAAGGAGACGAAGCGGCCCAGCAAGGAGAUGCAGGUGACCAUCGCGCGGCAGCUGGGCCUCGAGCCCUCCACCGUUGGCAACUUCUUCAUGAACGCUCGCCGCCGCUCCAUGGACAAGUGGAAGGACGACAACGAGGGCGGGUCCAAGGUGUGCGGGCUGGCCCCGGGGGGCACGGUGGUCCACAUGGGCCAGGUGCCUCAGAUGAGCAACCAGACCAACACCAUGUCGGGCCACUGCCUCGACGAGCACGACUUGUGACAGGCCACGCCGCAGCCCCUGGUCUACCUGGCGCCGCAGUAGCCGCGCAGCCCACGCCCACCGGCAAACGCUACGGGACAGGCGCCCGCGGGCACCCUCAGCAAUAGCGCGACCCCCAGUCGGUCCGCCCUCCGGGCCCGCCCCGGCCCCCGCCUCGCCCCGCCGCACAGUACAAGCAAGCAGCCCGUCAGGGGCGCGGUGGUGGUGGUGGUGGUGGCGGCCCGCACGCCCACACACGCCACAGGUCACUUCAGGUCACAGCAGACGAUGCUCGGUCAGGGCGGGAAGGAUCCAGCCAACCAAUGAUCUCAGCACACUCCGCAUCGGUCACUAGUCACGCCAAGAUGGAUUUGUCAUAGUGAUAAGUUUACCCUCAUAUUAGUCUAGAGGACUUUGAUGUUGAGUAUUUAUUUUUAUGUAUUUAUUGUGUAAGUCACCAAGUAACUCAGUUUUGUAAGUGAGCCUCAGUCAGCGGCGGCCCCGCGGCCCCGAGCCCCGCCGCCCGGGGCGCCGGCCAGGCCGCCGCGCACGAGUCUAGUCACCUUCGCCUCAGUUCGUUUCGUCGAGGCCAGUCAUCGGUCACCACGCCUAGUCAGGUUAUGCCAUUCCAACUAAUCAAAGCUCAGAUCUUUGCUAGUCAUCGGGAAUUCGCAGACAUUCCAGAACUUUGCCAAAGAAUGGAAACAAAUUGUACUUAAAGAGUAUUUUUUGCAGCUGUGGUAACAUUUACACAUGUACUUAAUUUAGUGUUGCUAAUUUAUUGAUAACUUAUUUUCCAUGUUUAUGUACUAAGUUUGUUAUACUAUAUUUUUAUAUUAGGGAGAAGUUGAAGGGGCGGCGGGGGCACGGGGGGACGGGGCGGGGCAGGAUGGGGCGGGGCAGGGGGCCCGGCGUGCCCUGUUCCCCCCACCCCGCCCCGCCGACCCCGCCCGCCCAGCCCCGCCGCCGGUAGUGUUUUACGUUCCGUGUCUGGCGACGCUGCUAACAAACUCAGUUAGGAUUUUUGUGGCGCCGCGUUAUGUGAUGAGUUGUGUAGGUGACGCCGCCGGCGUGGCCCUAACAAGAUUGAGAUGAAAAUUUAUGUUAAUCUGCAGCGCCGCGCCACCCAGGCAGUCAAUCAGUGAGUGCGGGCGGCCUGCGGGCGGGGCCUCACUCCCCCCGGCCGCUCCCCCCCACCCCCGCCAGGUGGGGGCACCUCUAUCAUAUAUUAUUUUUUGUUGUUUUUGUUGAUGCGCCGCGGCUUAGCGUGCCAUCACGUGUGGCGGCGGGGCAGUGUCGCGGCCGCCGCCACACUCUUCGCCUCCUCAAAAUUCCGUUUCGACCCAAAAAACCCGCAAAGAAAACAACACACACGCCACGCGGCUCGUCCCCGCGGGGCCGGGGCGGGGCCGCCGCCUCGCCCUCCGCCGGGGCCUCUGCCCCACCAGGCACGGUCCCGGCCCCGGCGAGGCUGCCCGGCCCUGUCCCUCCCCGCCCCACCCCGAGGCCCGCCCCAGCAGGGCCUCCUUACUUAGCGGAUGUUCGUUUUUAUUGUUUAGGUGCUUUAUGAAACAUUAUUUUGUAUGAUUACAUUCUUACGUCACGAACACUUGAUAGCGGGGCAGCCUGGCGGCACGGCGCCCCGUCGCUGCCGCCGCCACUGCUUCCAACAGCCCGCCGCCGCGACACGCGCGGGACGAAUCAAAACAGCAGGACACACACACACACACACACACACACACACACACACACACAAAACAACAA